AAAUUGAAAAAUUUGCAGCCGUUUAGAGUUUAAAACAAGUAAUUUCCAUCGCCUGUGUACCGUGGAACUAGUGUUUUACAAGCAGAAGUAUAAUGCAACUGCGAAAGUGAACUGUGUGGCAUCCAGGAAGCAGAUUGAAAAUUUUCUUUUUCGGAGUAAAAAGCUGACGCAUUAUUGAUGACAGCUCCGUUUUCAAUUUCCACAUCCUGGUGUUUGUGAGUGCGAAAAACUAUAAUCAGCUGUUUAGACUCACGCUUGUUAUCAAAGUUUUAUUUACAAACAAAUUCAGUAUAAUACUUGCUCACUGCACUGGACACCUUUAGUGUUAUUGUAAGGCACCAUGGCUGAUAAGAGCCUUGCUAAACGAUUAUCACUUUCCUCGUCGGCAAAAAAUCGGAUGAGCCUGCCAUCGAGUAGUGGAGUGCUAGGUGGCGGUGGAUUGGGUACUGCAGCCUUGCCGACAGGUUCGAAAUUACCAACUUUAAAGGCGUCAACCUCUGUGGGAGUUCCAUCACCAGGGUCACCGGGUGAAGUCCCGCUUAUUCCGUACAUAAAGUCUGCAGAUAAUGCAAAAGUGCUUCCGAAAUACACUGCCGCUUUGACCUCGCCCACGGAGGAUCUAGUGCCUGCGGAAGACUUGGAUAUGGUGCAGCUUGAACUGGAACUUCUCUUAUCUACAGUAGCAUUGCGCUAUCGAGUAUUGAAAAGUGAAAUCGAUACCAUCGACAAAGCAGACGAACGUCGCGAACGGAAAGGCAAAUUCAUCGAUAAGGCACCAUCGUCGCCCGGUAAAAAGAAACGCUUGGACGAAAAACAAAAACUACGCGAAAGCGCUGGAAAGCUGUUUGGUCAUCAUAUCAGACUAAACAAAGUGAAGAAUAUGUCCUCCCUAAUUCCUCCGUCUCCGGCACCGUCGCAAAACACGGAUGAUAGUAUGGAUGCGGUACCGUUUUUACCGACUAAUCAUCACAUUCAGCAUAUCAUUUCGGAUAACUCGAAAUUGUUGCUUCCGAAAAAUGAUACACCGAAUAAAUUUUGGAUGUCGGUAGAGCCAUAUUGCAUGUCGAUAAGUCACGAGGAUCUCAAGCUACUGGAUGAUUUACUGGAGGAAUAUUCAGGCCCAUUGAUUCCACCGAUUCCUGAGUUAGGUCCUCAUUACAGCACUCAAUGGGCCGCUGAUGAUAUCAAGGAGGAACAAGAUAAUUCCAAAAAAAGCAAAGGCCUCACAAACGGCGACGUAGGAAAGAAGGAGAAAUUAAUGGGUGAAGGAGUAACAGGUCCUCUUACACAGCGUUUGGUGUCUGCCCUGAUGGAGGAGAAUUUACUUCCAGAUUGCAAUAGCACAAGUAAUGAAAAUAGUAACAGUAGCUCGGAUGUUGGUCACAGCAACUCUAGAAGUGCAGUUUCACUGCUCAAAAAUGGUAUCAGCAUUGAACGUCGGUUGCGCAAAGAAUUGAUUGAACAGGGUAUCCUCGAUGACGACGAUAUGCCGAAGAGCCAACAGGAUGAUGAAAUCCUUUCGGAAAUCAAUAAAGUUCGUACCGAAAUUGCUGUUAUUGCAGAAUUCAAUUCGAAUGAGAUCCGAAAGCUGCAAUCCAUGGCGCAGGAUGAAAUGAAAAGAAUCGAUGUCAAAAGGAAGUUGGAUCGGGUAGAUCAAGAGAUCAUUGAAUGCUACAAAAGAAUAACUGCCGCCCGGCUCAAGCGUCGUCCACUAACGAAACAGGAGCGGGAUGAAGCAUAUCGUUUAGCAGAGGAGCAAAAACGUCUUUCGGAUCAGCUCGAACGAAUGCCCGUGCAUGGCCCGUUUGCAAAUUAAUAAACCUAUGCUCAAACUUCAAGAGUUACAAGGCAGCGUCCUACCUUUGAAAUUUUAAGGUAUCUUUAUAGAAAUUGUGUUUUGUGCGAAAUAUUUCCUAAACAUAUGCAUAUGCAUCCGAAUUAUUGAAAAAAAUCCAAAAAUAAAAUCUUGUAUCAUUUUUGAUAUAUCUUAUCUGCAAAGAUUAAUAAACCGAGUGUCAUAAAAUUUGCAUGUAGGACAUAUACAGAAAUCAAGCCAGAAAUAUGCACAAAAUAUUAACAUAAACAAAAACUUGUUUCAAAACUAUUUUCAGUUGUGAAAAAACAAAAAAAAAGAAACUAAAAAAUUCUUUUCAGUGAAAAAAAAAUUUCUAAAUUUAUUAGGUAUUAUUCAGAAAGGCGAGUGUGUAUGUUUUAGUUUUUUCUACAUUAUACAUUUCGAUAACUUUUUUUUAUAAAUAAACUAUUUUCUGUGCCGCCCAAACUAAUUAUACUUUAGUAAUCUGAGGCUUUGUUACUCUGUGUGCUAUCUGUUAAUAAUUGCAAACCAAAUGCCAAUAAAAUACUAUUGCAUUUUUAGAAGAAAUUGACAACCCUAAUGAUUUUAAAGUAAUGGAUCUCAUCUAUAACUCUGCCUUUUAGCAUGAAAGUGUAUCGUAGAUCACAUAAUUUAGGCACUAUUUCUAAAUAGGAAAAGUUUAGUAUGCCUUCAACGCAAAAAAGAUGGUAAAGAUUUCCUUCCCAACCACAUUAUCCAUGUCUUACCCGUACGGAUAAUAUUCUCAAUAUCACUGAUGAUCAACUUAUCGCAAUGUUAUCUUCCUUCGAAUGGCAUUGGUAUAUGGCAUUGAUUGUCGUCCUUUAUAUGUACUGAUAUAAAAACCGUCUUUGUUUAGUAUUGAGUUAUGAAGGUUACAAAUACAUCAAGGAAAUGUUAUAGUAACCAUAAGAAACUUAUAUGACCUUAUAUUUUAUGAUUAAACAGAUAAAAUUGUCUAUUAGUAAGGUUGUGCGCUUAUGUGAGCACAUAAAAAUAGUCGUUAAAUA